CGAGCUCUCCCUGACAGCUCGAGCGCUGGGCGGCGGCGGCGGUGGGACCAAGUGGGGGCAAGCUUGAAAUUUUAACCGUUUAACGGUUUCCAGUCGCGGGUGGGAGAACCUGAAUCUGAGACCGGUUGGAUUUCUGGUCGGGGGUCCAUGGGCCGCCACUCGAUCCACUGGUUUCGGAAGGGGCUCCGGCUCCACGACAACCCGGCGCUGCUGGAGGCGCUGCUGGGCUCGGACACCAUCCGCUGCGUCUACAUCGUCGACCCGUGGUUCGCUGGUUCCUCCGGUGUCGGCAUUAACCGAUGGAGAUUUCUGCUACAGUGUCUUGAAGACCUUGAUGCCAGUUUGUGGAAAUUAAACUCCCGCUUAUUCGUUGUACGUGGACAGCCAGCUGAUGUCUUUCCCAGAUUGUUUAAGGAAUGGAAUAUUUCCCGUCUUACCUUUGAAUAUGACUCUGAGCCCUUUAGCAAGGAGCGAGAUGCAGCUAUCAAGAAAUUGGCCAUCGAGGCAGGGGUAGAGGUGAUCGUACAGAUUUCACACACUUUGUAUGAUUUGGACAUAAUCAUAGAACGCAAUGGUGGUCAGCCACCUCUAACUUACAAGCAUUUCCAGACACUUAUAAGCCGAAUGGAAUCUAUAGAAAUGCCGGUGGGAACAAUCACUGCUGAAGCAAUGGGAAAAUGUACAACACCUGUCUUUGAUGACCAUGAUGAAAAGUAUGGAGUCCCAUCGUUGGAAGAACUAGGCUUUGAUACAGAAGGCCUCCCUUCAGCUGUGUGGCCUGGUGGUGAAACAGAGGCUCUUAAAAGAUUAGAAAGACAUUUGGAAAGAAAAGCCUGGGUGGCAAACUUUGAAAGACCACGAAUGAACUCUACUUCACUUCUUGCAAGCCCUGCUGGUCUAAGUCCAUACCUGCGAUUUGGUUGUUUGUCAUGUCGUCUGUUUUACUUUAAGCUGACCGACUUGUAUAAAAAGGUGAAGAAAAACAGCUCCCCUCCUUUGUCUCUCUAUGGGCAGCUGUUGUGGCGUGAAUUCUUCUAUGCAGCAGCUACUAACAACCCCAGGUUUGAUAAAAUGGAGGGAAAUCCUAUUUGUGUUCAAGUUCCAUGGGACAGAAACCCUGAGGCUUUGGCUAAGUGGGCAGAAGGGAAGACGGGAUUUCCUUGGAUCGAUGCUAUAAUGACACAGCUGCGUCAAGAAGGGUGGAUCCAUCACUUAGCUCGCCAUGCAGUGGUAUGCUUUUUGACGAGAGGUGACCUAUGGAUUAGCUGGGAAGAAGGAAUGAAGGUAUUUGAAGAGUUAUUACUGGACGCUGACUGGAGUGUAAAUGCUGGAAUUUGGAUGUGGCUAUCCUGCAGUUCCUUCUUCCAACAAUUUUUUCAUUGCUACUGUCCUGUGGGCUUUGGACGUAGAACUGACCCUAAUGGAGAUUAUAUCAGGCGAUAUCUUCCAGCCCUCCGAGGUUUUCCUGCCAAACAUAUCUAUGAUCCCUGGAAUGCUCCAGAGAGUGUACAGAAAGCUGCAAAAUGCAUCAUUGGUGUUCAUUAUCCAAAACCCAUGGUGAACCAUGCUGAAGCUAGUCGCCUGAAUAUUGAACGAAUGAAGCAGAUCUACCAGCAGUUUUCCUGUUACAGAGGACUGGGUCUUCUUGCGUCAGUGCCUUCUAACCCUAAUGCACUUGGCGGAGCUAUGGACUAUUCACCGGGAGAGAGCACACACAGAUGCAGUAGCAUAACAGGAUAUCCCAAAGUGCUUCACAAACAUUCAGUUAUCUUGAAGUGCAGUUAUUCUGAUACAGGGAGGAGUUGCUUGAGCAGCAGCCUAAGCUCUGGAAAACAGCCCAGUCCUGGGGAACAAAUGCCAGCAGAAGGGCCUAAAGUUCACAGGCAAAGUAGUAACUAGGGCACUUGGAAACAAGGUGGGGAAAUAGAAAGAUACAUUCGGAAGAAUUACAACCAAGGAAGAUUAUAGCGCAGAUUGAGUGAUCUGGAUGUUUAUUUUUAAGGAAAAUGUUGACCUGAAAUAUGGAGAAGGAAAGAUUGAGAAAUGCAUUCUGUAAGUGUUUGCACAAGUUUAGCAAAGAUGAUACGGCAAGGUUGGAGUGAAAGGUCAUUAAAUACACCUGUAAAUAAUUAAUUUGAAUUUCCUAAGUUAAAUCCUGUAAAUUAUUGAUAGCAUGUUUAGUUUUAGACAUCUAUUUUUAUAAUAUUCCAUCCACAUGCAAUAUUUAAUUUUGUAAAUAAAAAGGCAGAGUUGUGUA